GAAUUACUGUAUACUGAUACAGUACCAAGAUACCAAGAACUUUCUUCUUGGCAUUUUCAGUUGCUGUGGCUGCUGAAGAGCUGAGGAUCUGCAGCGCCAACGGAGGCUGUUCCUAUCUCCAAAAAGGCUGCUUCCCUGGACAAUGGCUGCUGGUGGAGGGAUAUCAGAUGUAGAGAGGAAGACGGUUGAGGACAACCUUCUCAAGAUCUUUAAAAAGAAUAAAUUGGACAUAUCCAAGGCAGUAAAUACCCCUUCUCCUUUCCUGGAAAUGCUUCGAGACCACUCUGUUAUCUCUGAGCAAAUGUACCAAUGUGCUCAAAAGAAGUACCAAAAAAUGGUCCCUAUGUACAAGGGGUCCACAUGUACAUACAGCAUCCUCAAGCAGCUGGAGAAGCAAUUCAGCUCCAAGAUCCUGGCAGCCUUGUUCCAUCCCACCAAUCUGGAGGAAUACCCACAAUUAGUACAAAUUGAAAAGCAAUUCAGAGAUGUGCCUCUCGAUGAAUCAACAUCAGAAGCCAGUGUGGGGUCUCCUGUCCAGAGAAGCAGCCUGGAUGAGGGUGCAUCUACUGUAAGCACCCCUCAAAGCUCUGUCCAAGAUGCCAGUAAUAACAACAAACCUUCAAAAGUUAAGAAAAGAAGGAAUUGUGGGGUCACACCUCGAGUCCACCGGGUUACAAAGAAAGUUUCCAGAAAGGCCAAAGGUCCAAAGAUGAAUUACAAUCUUCCUGAGCUUCCUGUGACCUGUGGGAAGGCAAAAGGCACUUUACACAAGGAAAAAAUGAAGAAUGGCUCCUCGGAGAAGUGCAUCGAGAAGGCAGACGGUUCGUGGCUCACCCUGAGGGAGUUUGAAAUCGAAGGAGGCCGCGAACCUACCAAGAAUUGGAAGAUGAGCAUCCGCUGUGGCGGGCAGACGCUGCACUACCUCAUCCAGAAAAAAUUUCUACCUUGUCCUCCAAGAAGAUAUGGCAGGAGCAAAAAGGUCUUCCCUGUAGGUCAAACUAGAAGACUGCAAAAAGUCCAGAAGAGGACACCUGAGUGUCAGACUCCACCUGCUCGGAAUGCAUCUCAACUCCAACCUAAAAGAAGGUUCUUCCCGAGAAAGAAGGUACCAGGAAAGACUCGUUGGAGGUGGUCCCAGUUACCGGGGAGAAGACAAGUAGUUUCGCUGGCCGACCGACCAAAGUAUCGUGCCCAACUCCAAGCCAGGGAAUGGAUCCAUGUGGCAUGCAGAAUGGGCAUUGGGCGCCUGUACAAGAACCGAUUUGCCUCAGUCUAUAAGGGAAAAUGCAUCCUAACAGAGGCAGGGUGGUACACCCCACUAGAAUUUUUGGCCAAAGACCCUGAGAUCGAUAUUACCACCUGGACCCACAGCAUCCGCAGUGGCGGACUGACCCUGCAGACCCUGAUUGAGAACGACAUUUUGAAGCCUCACACAAGUGACUGCUCCUGUGUCAUCUGCAAUGAGGAGGACCCCUUUCCAGAGAAUAAUGAUGAGUGUUUCAUAUGUAUGGAUGUAGGCGAGCUAUUCUGCUGUGACUCAUGCCCCAAAUCCUUCCACAGGGACUGCCACAUCCCCAGUGUUUCAACAGAGAGUGCAGAGUGGAAUUGCACCUUCUGCAUAAUAAGGAAGAAUAAGGAAAAGGAAGGUCCAGAAAACAACCGCUGCCAGCAGGAGUUUGAGGUUUUAAAGAAGCGGGUGUACCCUGAGCAGCAGCUGAAAUGUGAGUUUCUCCUGAUGAGAAUGUACUGCUGCUCAGAAAGCUUCCUGUUUACGAAAGAUCCAUGCCGUUAUAAGGAGUAUUCCCAGCGCGUCAGAGAACCCAUGUGGCUGGACCAGGUGAAGGAGCGUCUGAGUGAUGAAACUUACAACACAGUGGAGGGCUUUGUCCUGGAUAUGCGCCUGAUUUUUUACAACUGCAAGAAAUUUAACAAGGACAACCAGUUUGGUCAUCUGGGAGCAAAGUUGGAGGCAAAGUUUGAGAGGGAUUUCAAAGAGGUCUUUGAUAUUAAGGAAGCAGAUGAAGUGGCCCAACCAAUGUCUCCAUGACUCCCUCCCUCCAGUUCUAGUCUUCAUUCGGAUCCUUACUAGUUAUGAACCAAUCCAGCCCCAUAUGCUACUUCCUCCUUGGUCAGGACUGGGAAAUUCUGGGUUUGUCUCCAAUCCCCAGGCCAGGGGCUGCAAGACUGACCUCUUCACUGGCCUUCCCCGUUCUGGCACAAGGAGGCUGUCCUCAGCUCUGCUGACCGUGCUAGCAGUCUUUUCCCCUUUCUGUUUCAAUUCAGGACUUUUCUGGUUGGUCGAACAAGUAAUUGUCAGGUUACUGUGACAUGCUCCAUAUUCCAGAUUAAACAUUUCCACCACAGAGUUUA